UGCAUUUUCACUGCAGUCAUUAUUUGCUAAUUGUCAGCUUAUCGAAAAUUUGUUAAUAUAGAGUUUAGUGCAGAAAUUUCUAAGUAUUAUUGUUAAAUCCGAAGAAAAUUAUAUUAUUUAAUAAUGGAGGCUGUGCCGCGUCUUCAUAUGCUAUGGUUUGUGCUAAAAUCCAGUCCAACUGGCACCUCCUUCGCUAAUCUGAAAAAGUAUAUAGCGGAAUUUUACCAAGAAGAUCCAGAAGCGUACUUCAAAGAAGUUUCUGCUUUGGAAACACUUCGAAAUCAAGCUUUACAUCCUGGAAAAGACAAAUGUGCGAUUCUUAAGCGUUACUAUUGUCAACUACAUUCACUACAAAACCGAUUUCCCCAAUUGAUGGAACGUAGCAUGUUCACUUUCACUUGGAAAGAUCUGUACCAAAGUAAUGUAAGCGAAUUUACGGAAUUGCGCUAUGAGAUGGCCGCUGUGCUCUUCAAUAUCGCAGCAUCUCACACACAAAUGGGUGCAUCAGUGACGCGUGGCGACGUGGAUGGUAUGAAAUUGGCUUGUACACAUUUCCAAUGUGCUGCUUGGGCAUUUGGAGAGCUGCGUGAGCGUUAUAGCAACUUAAACGGCGGUGGAGAUUUCAUGACGAACGAAUUGCUGGUGUUUAUGCAACAAGUGUCAUUUGCUCAAGCGCAAGAGUGUAUUUUAGAAAAAUCGCUGAUAGACAAUCGUAAGCCGAAUAUUGUGGCAAAGGUUACAGCACAAAUCGUUGUUUACUAUGGCGCAGCAUUAGCCGCACUACUAACAGGCGGUGAUGAUGGACCAGUAGCACAAGUUGUUGAUAGUUCUGUGUUUAAACUUUGGAAAAAAUAUGUGCGCUUUAAAAUAUCCUAUCUCAACUGCAUAUUAUAUUUGUAUCAAGGACAGCAUGCAGAAGAGCAGCAGAAAAUGGGCGAAAGAGUAACUCUUUAUCAGGCUGCUGCGGAUAAGUUGGAAGAAGCGCGCAAAGAGUCGAAAGGAUUACCUGAUCAAAAGGAAAUUAACGAAUCUCUUAUAUUCACCGCUGAUGUUGUAGAAGGAAAACGAAAAAACGCUAAGAAUGAAAACGAGUUUAUUUAUCACGAAGCAGUGCCGGAACUGUCUUCAAUAACCGCAAUACAGGGUGCAAAUUUAGUGAACGGCACAAGUUUCAGUGUCACCGACCCAGAGGUAGCUGGAGAAGAUAUCUUCGCACGUCUUGUGCCGAUGAAAGCCCACGUAGCUAGUUCGUUGUAUAGUGAAGAAAAAGCUAAAUUGUUGCGAAAAUUUGGUUCCAAUAUAGAGGAGAAAGAUGCUGAACUGGCAAGUUUCAUGAGUUCGCUCAACUUGGAUAACCUUAAUAUUAAUGAGGAGAAAGCCAACAAAAUUCCACAAGGAAUUGUCGAUCGCUGUGCAGAGUUAAAUGCAAAUAAAACCGCAAUACCGGAUCUAAUUUCCGCCAUGUCCCAAUUGGCUGAGAUAUGUACUGAUGUCGAAUCGAAUCUGAAAGAGAUCUCCACCAUUUUAGCCGAAGAGGAGAAUCAAGAAAAAGAAUUUCAAAAGCUUAUUGGCGUGCAACGUACACCUAAUCCGCACAUAACCGAACUGACGCGUGAAUUUCAAAAAUAUACCGAAGCGCAUGCACGCGCUGGCGAGUCCAAUGACACACUGCGUAAAGCAAUGGAGUUGCACGUUAAUAAUUUAAAAAUAUUAUCGCGUCCUCUUAAUGAGAUACAACAAUCCGUACCGAAGCUAAGUGCGGAGCUAAACACCACGGAACUUUUUAAAGAUGUGAAAUUAAUUUUAAACAAAGCAAAUGAAAUGAAAGCGCAACGUUCACAAUUCCAUGCUGAUUUACGAAUUGCAGUGAAUGACGAUGAUAUUACGGCUAAAGUGAUUGCACAUGGCAGCGAUGAGGGGCUGCAGUUACUCUUCGAUCGUGAGUUGGCCAAACAUGAGCGUCUAACGCAAUUAUUGGAUCAAAACAUGUUGGCCCAAGCGAAUAUUCUACAAGCGCUAACAGAAGCCUACGCCAAAGCGGCGCCAGUGCUAAAAACUCUCACUGAUGUCAAGCAUAAACGUGAGGCAUUCUUCUCUUCUCUAGCCGCUUCAUACGAUGUGUACGAGGAUUUGUUAGCCAAAUCGGCUAAGGGUUUAGAAUUCUAUAAAAAGUUAUCAGGCAAUGUUCAAAAAUUAUUGACCAGAUUGAAGGCCGCACGUGAUGUGCAAUCAGAGGAACGCCAGCAACGUUUGAAAAACCAACAUGCAACAACUAAUCCACCCGCUAAUACGGCAAAGCCAGCCACACCAAUUAGUACGUCUACUACAACAAUAUCGACUACUCCAAAAUUGCGUGAUUAUCUGAAAUCUAAAAAUACCACCGCCAGUAGCAUUGCUUCAGCCGGCAUGUCUGAUGGUAUAACAAGUAAUACAGCACCACAAACCUCUCAAUACAUUCCGCCAGUUCGCCCCAAUCCUUUAGGUUCUGAAAAUCCUACACAAGCUGUCUGUUCCUCUGGCAAUCCUUAUGCUACGCACGUAAUGAACGCUAGCGGCGCAGUACCCACGGUGGCACCUAACGAACCGCCACCGCCUUACAGUUUGCAACAACAACAGUAUUAUGAUCCUAAUAUUGCGGGCUAUACAAAUCCCAUGUACCAGCAACAACAGCAAAACAUUGCUCCACCAGCUUACAAGCUGCAAGCAUCACCAAACUCCCAAUUUGCUAAUGUAAAUGCAAACGUAGCAAAUCUAACGGGUACUGGUUACAAUAAUACCGCCAAUGAUACGCUCGUACAGCAACAACAGCUUAUGCAGCUACAUCAACAACAGCAACAACAAUUGAUGAUGCAGCAAGCUGUCGGUGGCACUGCUUCAUAUACGCAACAGCCAACAGCUCUGAAUCCUAUGACAGGUUAUGGAACAAAUGCAACGCAGCAACCUCUAAUGGCUGGUUCGAACAUUCCUCAGGCAGUUGGCGCCACCAGCAAUGCUUAUUCGUAUAAUGCUAACACGGAUGCAACAAAGGCCUUUCCGGCACAAUCGACGCCACAGGCAACCUUUUCGCCGCCACCAACUGGUGUAAAUUCAACGACGCCUCAGCAGACAAAUAAUUACCCCAAUCAAAUGAAUAACUACCAGCAACCUUAUUCCCAAGUGGCAGCAGGCAACUUUAGUACACCAACAUCGCGUCCCUUAUAUGUAUCAACUGCGCAAACUGAUAGUGCCCAAGCAACCGCCGGCACCGCACCACUUUCACUGCAAGCGCCUUAUGUGGUCAAUACUUGGCAGCAAACGGCAAACAGCGCUGCGGCAGGUGCUCAAUAUCAGCCGAACAAUGCUUUCCAGCAACAGCAACAACAGCCGUAUAUUCAACAACAACAACUACAGCAGUCACAGCACUAUCAACCACAGACGCAACAACCACAGCAGCCUACUUAUACUGUAGGUAGCACAAUUGUAGCUGCCAAUAGUGAAAUCCAUGCAACUGCUUCGCCUGCUCAGCCGGGAGUUCAGUUGACAUCUACUCCGCCAAACGUUGCAACUAACAGUCAACCUUACUCCACGGCCACUAAACACCCUGGCUAUAGCUAUAAUCCGCAAACAGGUCAAUAUGAAUACGGCAGUGGCUAUCAACAGGCAAACAAUAAGUAUUACGGUAAAUAUACAUCGUCCAACACAUCGCAAUCAGUCACCGUCGGCACCACCGAUUCGGAGAAUGCGAAUAAGAUGAAUGUAGCCACUGGCUUUGAUUCACCCGUGGUUUCUCACACUAAACAAACAGUGACACAGUCUGUUGCACCAGCAACCGACGCGCCGCACACUGAAGAAACGUCUAAUUUAAGUUACUACUCGGCACCGUAUGGAUAUCAGAGUCAAGGUAUUGCCUCGCCCUACGCCUUGCAAUUGCAGCAGCAACAACAACAACAUCAACAGCAGGCACUAGCAGCGGCACAACAACAGCAACAACACCAAAAGCCGCAACAGACUAAUUACCAACAACAACAUUCCACAUAUAUACAAAGCGGUGCUGCGUCCAUAGCGCCCACACAAACAACAAAGAGCGCCGCCGAGUACUCCUACGGUGCAACGACACCUAAAGUAGAGGUGGCUCCCGCAACCACAAAAGAUGUAAAAUCCGGCGCGGCUGCAGCUCAGCCAAAUGUUGAAGCGAAACCCGCUGCAAAACCCGUUAAGAAGUCAACCAAUAUUGAUUUGUUGACUGAUAUAGACUUCUCAGGCGCUGGCCUAGCUGUGCCACCGCCCAUAUUGCCGCAGCCUGUGUUGAAGCCAGAAAUUGUAGCGAGUCCGCCUGCGAGUCAAGUGGCUGUUGAAGUAAAGUCAAAAGAAGAGGUUUCUGAGCAGAAACAGACCGCAACCACAUUAGCGGCGCCAUUAACGCCAGCCAGCCACACGGCGGUGCCAACAACUCCAAACGCACCGCUUUCACCGCCGCUAACAAAUGUAAAAGCCGGCGCAUCGCCCAUAAAUUCGCCGGCUACACGCAAACCCAGUUUCGAUAAUCUUUCCAUAUGCUCCGAACUGAGUUCGCUGGAUACGAACUUCGACUGGGACUCGGUUUCUGUGCGUAACGAACAGCCAACAGAUAAACAUUCCAAUUUGUCCACAAAUUCCACAACUUUUCAAUUAAAACCUUACGAUCCAUUCAACGAUGACAAAACUUUAAAGUACUUCCACAAAGAGGUGGAACGUUACGAGAAGAUAAUCGAGAGUCUCAAUGUGAAAAUGCUUAAUGGCAAUACACAAUUAUCGGCCAAAUGGAAGGAGCUACACGAACUACUCGCUAAGGAGCCCAAUAAACGUACAACAACCAUUGCUAAAUUGUUUCCGGAGAAAAAUCGUACGCUAGACUGCAUUCCAUACGAUCAUGCACGCGUCAAAUUGGAUAAAGACACUGACGACUACAUAAAUGCCGCAUACAUCAAGAACCUUGGUACCGGCUGUCCCAAUCUGAUUAUAGCUCAAACGCCGCAACAGAACACCAUCAAUGAUUUCUGGUCAAUGAUUUGGUCACAAAAAGCGCGUACUGUCUGUUGCUUGCACACGCCAAAUGAGAUGUUGGAUCCUUACUGGCCGCAGGAGUGUGAGAUUGAAAACCAUUACGAUGAUUUUACUGUUAAGUGUGUUAAAGUGACAAUGUUGUCGCAUUGCGUCGAAUAUAAUCUCAAAUUGUCGAUGCAUGGUGCGGAUGCAAUAAUCGGUUUGUCAGUGCUGCAGAUCAAAGCUUGGACCAAAAGCUUACCGUCGCAAACCAUAGGCAUAGCACGCAACGCUUUGCAGGCGCAUCAACAACGCUGCCUGGAGUUUAACACACCAACCUCGCCGUUAAUAAUGAAUUGCUUAAACGGUUCUGAACGUUCAGAACUCAUUGCCAUAGCAAUUUGUGCUAAUCUUGCACUACAAACGGCGCGACCCGUACUAAUAAAUGUUGUGGAUAUUUGGUAUCGUAUAUGCAUGCAGCGACAGAAUGCUUUGCGCGACAUGGAGACUUUGGAGCAAUCAAUGCAAAUUGUGCUAAAUCAAGCACACGAUGUGCUGAAUAAACGCGGCAUCAUGACUUCUUAUCAAAUGAAAAUUGCACCGCAGAUUGCUUCGAAGGAGAAAGAAGAAAUUAAGGAUCCACUAAAUGAGCUCGAUCCGCUAUGGAAAAUGAAGUAAGCACACCUGCUGCAUUAGCCAGACAGACGCCGCUUUGACUGAUUGUGGCAAGCUUUUAGAAGGCUUUACACUUCUUUACACUUUGCGCAUGCGAUUCAAUCGUUUAGAACUGAACAAAGAAAAAAGUAAAUAAUUGAAACGGAAAGCAAAAACAACACACGAAAAAUCACUGUUUAAAACCAAGUAUUUUUAUUAAAAACAACAAAAACAAAAACAUAAACAAAUUAAUUAAUUAUAAUCGAAGUUAUUAAACAUCAAAUGUUACACUUCAAAUUACAUAAACUUUAAAACGAUUUACUAUUAUUAUUAUACAUACAUACAUAUAUAUUUAUUAGAUAUUCGACGAAUGCAAAAUAAAUUUAAAUAUAAUAAAACGUAUAAUGGAUAUUGAUGACACAAUUAGAAGGUCGCAUUUUCAAUAUUUCACAAUUUAAUUUUUGUACAAGUGUACGGCCCUCAUCUUGUUCAGAAUAAAAGACAUGCUUGUGGGGUUUUCUAACAAUCAUUAUUGUAUUGUAUUUAUUUAUUAAUUGUUUAAUUCUUUGCGGCGUAUAUUCCUAGUAUAUUAUACACAUCGAAAGCUGUUUGGUUUCUCCGUAAAAAGUUUGAAUCACAUAUACAUAUUAAA